AUGAUAAUAUCAUAUUGGUUCUCCAUACUAAUAUUUGCGUUUGCAGUGGAAGGAACGAACCUGCCUCGGUGGGAGGCAGCAAAUAGCUAUAUUAUGGAGUCGAUUGGCACAGAAAAGGUUGAAAUAAAUAAUCUUAUAAACUCACCCGAUAAGAAUUUACCGCCAAUACUGAGUUGGCCAAAGAAAGAAGAGAGAACGUUGAAGAAUGGUGAGAUACCACAGUAUGCUAUUGAUUAUGCGCCAUUAGUUCAUUUAUACACGGAGGAAAAAUACUUGCCGUAUGAUAUCAAGGAUUACGUGACAAACUUUUUUGUGACUUAUGAAAACGGUAGUGUUGUCAAGGGCACGGAAGAAGAAAUGAACCUUAGUAAAUUAUCUAAGUUGCCGAAUGUGCCGGAUAUAUUUUUACUGUCCCGAACAGAUUUCGACAAGGACCCUGAAUGGGUUACUGGUGCAAAAAAUAAGCCUUCAUUGAUUGACGGGGAGAUUAAAAAUGCGCCAGCGACAUUAAUUGUAGUUGAUAAAGGUAAUGGGUGGGUAGAUGCAUUCUGGUUCUACUUUUAUUCGUUCAAUUUGGGUCCAUUUGUCAUGGGAUCUGGCCCGUAUGGUAAUCACGUAGGCGAUUGGGAACAUUCAUUAGUGAGAUUUUAUAACGGUGUACCGGUGAUCGUUUGGAUGUCGGCCCAUGGUGGAGGAGGUGCAUAUUUCUAUCACAACUUAGAAAAGUGGGAGAUUGACGACACUCAUCCCAUAAUAUUCUCAGCUAGAGGAACGCAUGCAAAUUAUGUUUCGGUUGGACAGCACCCUCAUGAUUUGCCUUACGGUAUUUUAUCCGAUUUCACCGACAGGGGUCCUUUGUGGAACCCUACCAAGAAUUACUUGGCUUAUUCGUAUGAUGGUGUAUUUGUAUAUCCUGCAGAAAAUAACACUAAUUCGAGACAUAGAGGUAGAGAAGUGGAAUACGGAAAUUGGUUGUCUUUUACAGGACACUGGGGUGAUCAGAAGUUACCUGAUGAUGAUCCUCGUCAAAAACAUCUGUUCAUUGGAGGUUAUAAAUACAUCAAUGGUCCCAGUGGUCCAUUAAUGAAAAAUUUGGUGAGAUUAAAAACCUGCGAAAGACACAAAUGGUGGAAUUUCUGGAAUGGUUGUAAUGUUAGAGAGAAUAUUAAAUGGGGAAUUGGUGUAGAAAGUGAAGGGUAUAAUUGUGGAAAUGUUUUCAUUAAAAUAAGGCCUGUUUGGCUUAGGAGAAUACUUCAAAAAAUUACCUGGGGUGGUGGGUUUUGUUAUAUUGUUGAUUUGCUUUAUGGUUAA